UGAGUUCCAACUAGGAUUGCAAGCUUCCCUCGGAUGAGAAGAAGCCAAAAGAAAAAAGAUGUACAUCAUAGUGCAAAUGAGGAAGGAGUAACACAGUCAUUUCAUUUUUUCAGUUCUCGUAGGUAACUAGUUAACAUUCAAACGGCAUCAUCAACAGCAAGCUGCCACUGGCUAUGACCAUGGACAAUGAUGAUAGGCUCGAGCAAGACUUGAGGACACUCCUCCACGCUCUCACAGAUUGCGCUGAAUCCGGCGCAGCACAGCGAACGCUGGUUGAUCAACAUUUCACGCCGUGCGCAGGCUUUGCACAUCCUCUGUGUAUCGUUCCUCGUCGAGCGCCAACGCGCACAUACGCUGGGUCUCGUGAAGAUCUGAAAGCUGUUUAUGCUGUGUACAAAGGUCUCACACGAGACAUCAAAAUCGAUGUCGUCCGAAUCAUGGUCAAAAUCGACGACCUUGACGAGCGUCAAGAGGGUGAGUCACUGGGAUGGUAUGGAUGGAAGGACAAUAAACCGCCAUCGAGCCUCGACCGAAGUCUAUUGAUUCACAAAGCCGGCGCGCAACAAGCUGCGCAAUGUACACAAGACGGUCGACGUGUGAUUGCCACGGCAACGGCCAUGAUUGAUUUACGAGAAUCACUCAGUGCAGCAUUCAUCCCAUUGGGUCCACGUUGGUUCUCUCGCGUUUACAACUUGCGUCUCUUGACUACACUAAGUCUCGUCAAGCUGAGCAACGGCCCGUCGUCAGCGCCGAAGAAGGAAUCAACGGGAGAUGGAACGUGGUAUGUGACCUUUCAGCAUGAUGCCUUUCCAGCAGAACAUCUCGCCGAAACUUGGAUCUGGCCUGCAUUGCCAAUCAUUUAUGGGUAUCGUAGCUAUCAGCUGGUAGCAGGCGUCAUUGGCAAGACAGUCGGUCGGGUUAUUGAACGCACAGGAAUCUGGUGAGUCAACCAAGCAAACACAGAGAGGAUCAAGGGAUGAUGCAAAUGAAUUGAUGAAAAAGCCUAUGCCAUAGCGUAAAAGGAGAAAAGCCGACGAAUCGUAAAGAGUAAAGUAGAGUGACCAUUGAAGAACCAGUGCGACAAAUGGAAGUUAUUGAAUCAAACAGCAGCCGCAUCCGCGAGAGCGUGUAUGACUCUGUUCUGCAUGACCACUGAUACCUUGUUGGGCUGAAGCAGGCGCAUCAUG